GAAGAAAACACAAAGGCCUUGGUGAAGAAGAAGGGACUGAAAGCCCCAGGGUCGGACUGGCCAACUCACAAGAGAACUUAUGUUUUUCCAUGGGAUGAAAAAAACAAAACAACAACAUCACUUUCCCUCUUCGGCGUUCGCAUGAGUCGAACGUUUCUUCCUCGUGCGUCGACAAUGAACCAACUACGAGCUGCUCAUUAUUCUCCGCCUCGAAGUUCAUUGAAAAGCGACAUUGUUUCUUUAAGAUUGCACUCGCAAGUCCUCGGCGGCUCUGUCCAUUGUUGGGGGAACAGAAAGCGAGUUGAGAUUGAUAUACGGGGGCCGGAGACGAGUCGCGCAUCUCAUCAGUGGACCAGCUGCAGAGUGCGAGCAGCAAGUCGCCAACGGGUCGUGAACGCAUCCUUCCAGACAUGGGUUGCUAUGACUGCUGCAUGCGCUGUCUGGGUGGCGUGCCGUACCUCUCCCUGGUCGCCACGCUGCUGUGUUUCUCUGGCAUCGCCCUCUUCUGCGGCUGCGGGCACCAGGCACUCACAGAGACAGAGAGACUCAUCGAGACGUACUUUGCUCGUAACCUCCAGGACUACAUCACCCUUGCCUACAUCAUUCAAUAUUUCCAGUAUGUCAUCUAUGGUUUGGCCUCCUUUUUCUUCCUCUACUGCAUCGUGCUGUUGGCUGAGGGCUUCUACACCACCAGCGCUGCCAAGCAAACCUUCGGAGAGUUCAGGAGCACUAUGUGUGGUCGCUGCCUCAGCUCCUCGUUUAUAGUGAUGACAUAUGUACUAGCUGUGCUGUGGCUGUUGGUGUUUGCCUUCUCCGCCCUGCCGGUCUACUUCUUCUACAACAUGGAUGCCACCUGCCACACUAUUGACGUCCUGACUGAGACCCCAGCGAGUAUCAACCAGCUCUGUGUUGAUGCAAGACAAUAUGGACUCCUGCCCUGGAAUGCAGUGCCAGGGAAAGCCUGUGGUAUGACUCUCUCCACUGUUUGCAAGACCAGAGAGUACCGCAUGACCUAUGACCUCUACAUUGCUGCCUUCGCCGGAGCGGGCAUCACUCUCUUGGCUCUGCUGACCUAUACUGUGUCGACCACCUAUAACUUUGCGGUUCUGCGGUAUCUCGGGAGAAAGGGGAUAGGCGCACGGUGUUAGGCUCACCAGCUUCCUCUCUGCUCUUUCACUACUUCACCUCCAACAAGGGGCUCUAAAGGGAAAACUGCAAUUAUCAUCUUCUACAUCAUCUGCACAGGACUACCUGUGGUCACGGACUAUUGAAAUCUUGUCUUUUAUAUUUUUUACUUUUACUUGUUGUAAGCAUGUUAUUUUGUAUUUUCGUUCUGUUAUAUUUCAUGUGAUUGAGGUGUUUCUGCUGUGUUAUUUCAGUAUAUCCGAGUGCAACAUCACCGAAAUAUUUGUAGGGUAAUGCUCUUGUUGCUUGCCGAGGUUCUUGUCUGAAAUUAAUAUCUGCUUCCCAUCGCAGUCAAAUAAUAACAGUCAACUAAUAAAUUAACACAACCACCAAGUGGCAACACGUGCAGCCAGAAUGCAGCUGUUACGAGAGAAUAGGGAUUAUAGGUUGCCGUGGCUACCAUCCCUCACAUCUGGUUGCCAUGGUGGCAGACAAGCAUGCAUUUGCAGUCUCACGCUGACCUCAGGACUUUUCUCACGGGCUGGAGAAAAGCCUCAACAAUGGAGUCAUGCCCGUUUUGAAAGCCAGCCAAUAAGGAUCCAUCUCCGGGGGCCACCUGCGCUACGAGUCUCUGCCAAGGGUUAUAUUACACGUCAAGGGAGAGGGUCUUCUGUCAAAGAGAAGGUUAGACCUCUCUGUGACCACAAUGCAGCUCUUCUGGGCUUCAGCAACCACAAACACAACACAACACAUCCACAUGCUGCUGCAUGACCCCCACCCCCACCCCCGAAUAAUGGAAAUGAUGGAUUCAGAGCGAUGGAGCUGAAGGAGUUUUUGGUUAUCUUGAAGAGUUUCUUUCUGACAAAGGGACAUAAUUGUUUAGUUCUGAUCUAGAAAGGUCUGAAAUUGUUUCUCAUGAUUUUGAGAUGGCGAAAGCACUAGGUGCUAACUUAUGAGGUGACCUCAUAUUAUAUGAUGCAAAACACAUUAUUGAGGUGCGACCCCCCCGCCUCCCCCCUGCAUGAGAGAGGUACUUUUAGAGAUAGGACUGCUUUGUUUUGUUUCUAAUACUUUAGGAAUUGUGUUGUAGUUAUUGUAUAACUAUUUUUUACUAACUUUAGCAGAAUUUACUUUUUAUUUUAACUAGCAAAACCUUUUGUGACAUAAUGAGUAGAUUGUUCUAUUUGGUGGAAGCUUUACCCAGCUGUGAUUGGUGGAUUUGUCAGCUGGUUGUUUGAUGAUUAUUUUUUUUUGCAUCUGUAAUAUUUGAUAAUAAAAAAGAGAAUAUUCUUUGAAGUUUU